GAGUUUCAAAAGGGUAUGAUGUUUGAUAACAAGGAUGCGUUGUUGGACGCUGUUAGAUUGUAUCAUAUUUGUAGGAACGUUGAGUACCGAAUUGAGACUUCAAAUCAAACCGUGGUAGUCUUGAAGUGUAAGAGAGGGUGUGGUUGGUGGCUUAGGGCUAGAAAGAGCUCCUAUUCACCAUCAUGGGAGAUUAUUACGUAUAAAGGGAAACAUGGGGGUUGUGUAUUAAGUACUGAAAACGUGUUAGCUGGGCACAUUCAUUUGACAUCUUCCGUGAUUAACAAUCUUAUUAGAAAUUGUGUUGCUCAAGACCCAUCAAUUAAGGUCUCUGUUGUGCGUCAAAUGAUGAAAGACCAAUUCGGUGUCGAAGUGACCUAUAAGCGGGCAUGGUGUGCUAAACAGCAAGCCCUUCUGUCCAUCUAUGGUACAUGGGAAGAUUUUUAUCCUCUUCUUCCACGCUUCUUGAAGGCACUGAAAAUUUCAAACCCCGGGACCGUAGUUGAGUGGUUCUUUAAGGAAGAUAAUGAUGUCAGUGUGUAUGUCCGUCCUAGUAUUAGAACUUUCCAACGCGUGUUUUGGGCUUUCCAACCUAGUAUUGAGGGAUUCAAGUAUUGCAAACCAGUUAUUGCCAUUGACGGAACACAUUUGUAUGUAAGUAUCGCCUUUGCCUUUGCCUUUGCCUUGGUCAAAAAAGAAUGCAUAGCCGCGUGGUCUUGGUUUAUGGCCUGUGUUCGUAAGCAUAUGAUGCAUAGUCCAGGGUUAUGUGUUAUUUCCGAUAGACAUGCGGGCAUUCUAGCAACCAUGGAGGAGCCGGAAUGGCAACCUUCGAACGCCCAUGAUAGGUUUUGCUUGCGGCAUUUAUUAAGUAACUUCAACCGCCAAAUGGGUAAUGUGAAGUUGAAGAAGAUGUAUGGAAGGACUGCAGAGCAAAGACAACCACAUAAAGUCGUUGAGGGAUUGAAGGCCAUUGGUGUUGCUAAUCGGGAAGCACUUUUUUGGAUUGAUCAAGUUGGUGAAAUGUCUAAAUGGUCAAUAUGUCACGAUGGAGGGUAUAGGUAUGGUAUUACUAAUACCAACUUGGCCGAAGUAUUCAAUAACGUUAUGAAGGGUGUGCGUUUCUUGCCUAUAACCACUCUUGUGGAGUUCACCUUCUAUCGUGUUAAUGAUUACUUUGUUAAAAGACGCGAGAAUGCGAACGCGUGGCUAAUUGGGGGAAAUAAAUACACUUCACACGCCACUAGGAUUAUAACCCGUAACACCGAGAAGGUAAACUACCAUGACAUCGUCGCAUUUGACUACAGACGAGGCCUUUUCCAAGUUAAGACUGGACAUGGUAAUAGAGGAUCCGCCAAGGGUGGUAAAAGAGGAUUCGCCAAGGGUGGUAAAAUACAAAGUGUAGAUAUGAGAGAGAUGAAAUGCACUUGUAAAAAACCCUCCAUAUAUCACUUACCUUGUUCUCAUGUUCUUGCCGUUUGUAUUAAAUGACGCUUAUCCUACAAGCGUUUUGUGGACUCCUGCUACACGACCCGGAGCUAUGUUAACACAUAUGAAUGCAUAUUCUUGCCGUUAAUUGAUAAGAGGUCAUGGCCUCAAAACACCGGUGUUGAGGUGCUACACGAUCCAGAUCACAUUCGUGGAUUAGGAAGACCUAAAUCCAGGAGGAUCACAAACGAAAUGGACGAAGGAUCGCGGAGACGCAACGCUUGUCGACGGUGUGGUAGUAACGGUCACAACACUAGAACUUGCACGUCAAGCAGAGAUGGAUCCAACAGCUCCAGGCCCUCUCGACCCUAGUGUCCUUACGAUGCAGGCGAAUCAUAGGAGCAUUAGAAUACUGUUUGUAUAUAUUGAACAUUUGUACAUAUAAUAUUGUAACGUAAGUGAACUUUCAAAAAAAGUAUUAACAUUUAUAAAUUGAGAGUAAAACUAACAUAGAGCAUCAUUACAACGACUAUUUUCAAGUUCCUAACGGCUAU